UCCCGGACGUGAUGGUAUACCAGGAAGUACAGGAGACGGCGGUCCUCAGGGUAAACAAGGCGAAAGUGGGCCUAACGGACCACCUGGGCGGACAGGGCAAAUGGGCCUACAUGGAUUGAUGGGCCUCAAGGGAAUCAUUGGUGAGGUUGGCUCUAAGGGUGACUCAGGAGAUCCUGGUGCAAGCGGAAAAGAUGGAGCCACAGGGAAGCAGGGGGAGGCUGGAAGGCCAGGUCAAAGAGGUUCACCCGGAGACAGAGGAAGAGAAGGAACCAAAGGAUCUGCAGGACCCGUCGGAAACCCUGGACGUGAUGGAUUCAAGGGUGUGGCGGGAGAAGCAGGUGCUCAGGGAACAACUGGGCAGCCUGGCCUUCCUGGCUUUUCCGGGUCCACAGGGACGAGGGGAGUCCCUGGACCGAGUGGCGUGGACGGAGGAAGAGGAGAGUCAGGCGGUUCGGGACUCGAGGGAUUAGCCGGUGAAGCGGGAGAUGCCGGUGAACCUGGAGAAAAUGGAGAAACUGGAGCACUUGGAAAUAAGGGAGAGCGCGGUGUUCCUGGUCAGCAGGGUCCCUCAGGGAAACCAGGCUUGAAGGGACCAGAAGGGUCUGUUGGGCAGAAAGGAGGACUGGGUCGAACCGGUCCAAGGGGUGAAGAUGGAGCACAGGGACGAGCUGGUAUACAAGGCUCUCAAGGUUCACUGGGAAUUGACGGUCUGAAAGGUUUUCAAGGAGAAAGGGGAGAUGUUGGCCACAGGGGACCUGAAGGAGAACGGGGUAUGUCUGGACCUCCUGGACCCCCGGGACCCACGGCAGACAUAAGAUCUCUCAGUGGCUAUGUUCAGCGCUUGAAUAACAGAGGCACUGGCUCUUUCAACGUUGAAAACGAAAAAGCAAAGCUGUAUAGAGGCUCUAAAGAUCAGAGCGGGGAGGCUUUAAUAGAUCCAGUUAAACUUACUUUAGCUUUGAUGCAUUACGAAGUUAAACUUUACAAGCAGCCUAAUGGCACCAAAGAAUUUCCAGCCCGAACGUGUAGAGACCUCGUCACGUGGUAUCCAGGUCUUAUCAGCGGUGACUUUUGGAUUGACCCAAACGAUGGCGUGCCUGAUGAUGCUGUAAAAGUUCACUGUGACUUCUCCUUCAACGCAACCUGUUUGUACGCCAACAAUGAAAAAAAGCCAUUCACGAUCAGAAAAAAGAAAUGGUUCUCAGGAACUGAUGAAUACAAAUGGCUUGGAGAAGAUCUUGGCGCCUUUAACAAGAUCAAGUACGUCAAGUACUCCAGUCAACUCUCAUUUCUCCGCCUGCUAAGUGACCGCGCCCGCCAGAAUAUCACCUACCAUUGCAAAGACUCUGUAGCCUGGUAUGACCAAGAGCUUGAUGACGUCACAAAGUCAUUGAAAAUCAAGACUGAUAAUGGCGUGAUUAUACACUCAAGUUCGUCUAACAAGUUCAAGCCCAGUGUACUCGCGGACAAUUGUCGAGUUAAGAACGGCACGUGGCUUUACACCAUUAUUCAAGUGGACACGCCCAAACCAAACCGACUUCCAAUACGAGAUGUAGCUGCCUACGACAUCGGAGACGAAAACGAAGAAUUUGGACUCGAAAUUGGACCUGUUUGCUUUUAUUAGUCUCCUUAGUCUCUCUUUUAUCUUCUUUUAUCGUCCCGCUCAAGUAAACUCAGGGAAUUUGUACCAUAUGUUUUAACUUAUUGUUUGGACUGCUUAAAUAAUAGUUGUAUUUGCUAAUUAUAAUUGAGUUAAUUCUUCACCUGUUGUUUGAGUUAUUAGAAGUCUAUUUAAGCAGUAGACCGCACUUUCUGUUGGUUUACCGGCGUUAUAACUCAGGCGAGACGUUGGGAGAACACGAGCAAAGUUUGUAAAUUAAGAGCCGGAGCCGAGUGAUUUACAAACUCUUCGAGUAUUACGCCGGUAAACCAACAGAAAGUGCGGCCAAACGCUUUUACGAAAUGACCUUCAAUUUCCUAUGGGUUUACCAGUGCAAUAAACGAUAGGUUUUAACCAGUCAGGGCGCUCUCUAGUAUCUCAGUUAUUUUGUAAAACGCAUCAAUACUUUUUCCGUGGCAAACCUUACUAUUACAAUACAUGUUUCAUCGGUUCUACCCAUGUCAGUGCUUCGAAAACGACUAGCUUUGAAAAGAUUUGAUGUUCAAAGUUAUGUAUUUAAAUCUCAGUGAGAAAAGUACUAGACUUUGCCUCGCUUGCCGGAGGUAAUUUUCACUCCGGCGAAAUUAAUGAGCAAAGUGUUCAGGGAAGUUUUGGAAUUGAUCAAAGAACACUGGUGUGGUUACAAUGCAAAUAUUUUGAACCCCAUUCACAGGUUAGUGAUUUUCAGACCCUGCUGUAACUUCAAUCACAAAUAAGCUAACUCUUUGAUCCCUCUGAGUAACUGGAAUUACACAGGAAUUACACAAGGAAAGUCAAAGGAAUUAAGGAAAUGAUCACCAACUAAACAAGCUCUUGAUUGUUAAGCAAAUUUUUCGUGUCAGCACCUUAGGAAAGUUAUAGAGAACAGUGUGGAUAAUAUGCAUAAUGAUGUUUAAUUGUAACGGGUUACAGAAGUGCUCUCAUAAAGUACUUGAUCCUGUUGCAAGUGGUUGUUUUCAAAUUGUGCCUGUAAUAAAGAUGCGCUUUUUUAAUUUUCUCAUCUCACGAAAGGCCAAGCUCAUGGCUCUUAUAAAAUUACCCCUUUGUGUAGUCUACUACCACAAGCAAACCUCUUUGCAAUGUUAACAGUGUGAAGUGUAGUUUUAAUGUUAUUGUUGCAAUGACGAGUAAGCUAUUGCAAGCACUCUGUUGCGCAUAAUCCUAGAAAAGCAACAAAUAAAAAAA